AUGAACCCGGGCAACUCCGCUGCUGCACCUGGCUCCGGGCCAUCGAACGACCACCAUAUUCAGAACCAACUCCUCGACGCUGCGCAGCUGGCCUUCAUCAACGAGACGCAGGCAUAUCUCGAGGCCCGUACCAAGUACGCCGAAGAAACUCUCAAGAUCAAACGUUCGCGGUUCCGGCAGUAUGUGCUCGGUGGUAUAUGGAUGGCAGGUGUAGUUUCGCACGAGACGAACUCUUGGAACGCCUCGCUCAGCAACGCGUACAGCGCGGAGUUCAAGAAGUACCAAGCGGGCCAAGGCCCUCACCCCGGUCAGUACCAUGAGUGGGUCAAGAAGCUCCCGAAGACGUUCGCGGCCGAGCACAAGCUCAAGUCGGCAGAAGAGAAGGCGGCCAUCGUGAAAGAGUUCGAGGAGCGUCGUCGCCAGGACGAGAAGGACGAGCUCGACGCCCGUAAGGCCGGUUCAGGCUUUACACGUCACAUCAAGUCGACUGUCGAAAGGAUGGCGAACUUGCUCAAGGACCUGCACGUCACCGGAGGCGUUGAGGGCGUCAUCAUCGUUUCUCCCGGCAAGACAUCCCUCCCAUUCCCUCCCUAUGCCUCCGCGACCGAGGAGGCUAGCAAGUUCUUUAGCAGCAUGACAUUGGCACGCAAGACCCCCCUCAUGCUCGCUAAGAUCUUGGAGGGUUGGGCUAUCACAGGCAUCGCAGAGGUGCUGGACAUCGACGGCUUCAUUUCCCCGACGGCCUCCAAUAAAAUUCGCGACCUCUGCCGUGAGAUAAUCAGACUGGGUCUUCAGAAGCUCCUCGGCUUGGAGACGAUCAACAUGAACUAUCGCAACUUCGACCGCGAGAUCGUUGAGGCUUACUCGGUCGACCUCGUUGGCUGGCCGUUCCUGCCAGACCUGCGCGUCACCAAUCCCGACAAUCUUGAUGCGAGGCAACGCGCUAUUCUCCAUAAGGCUCUGCGGGAGGGCACCUGCAGGUGGGAGCGCCUGACGAACGUGCAGCUUGAGGCUCGCAAGAUCGAGAACCAACACCGCCAGGAGCAGUUCGGCGAUGUUUACAUUGCUCGCAAGCAGCGUGCUUCUAAGAAGCGCGCGAUUGGCGAGGUCGAGGCGUAG